AUGCCCAGUAUAUCGCCAUUGCCCCAUCCCGAGGCCGGUCCUCACUCUUUGCAUACCUCGCUGGAGGCCAAAGCGGCCCCGCGCAUCCAGUUCAUCGAUAAGCAGUCGCUCAACUAUAUUGUAAAGUCGGGCAUAGCGGGCGGGGUGGCCGGAUGUGCUGCCAAGACCCUCAUCGCGCCGCUAGACAGAGUCAAGAUUCUCUUCCAGACGUCCAACCCCGAGUUCACCAAGUACGCAGGCUCCAUGACCGGGUUACUCAAGGCGUCCAAGCGGAUCUAUGCGAUGGACGGGGUCAUGGGAUUGUUCCAGGGCCAUUCCGCGACCCUCCUCCGCAUUUUCCCUUACGCUGCCAUCAAGUUCGUGGCGUAUGAGCAGAUUCGCACGCUAUUGAUUCCCACCGACGAGUAUGAAACCGCCGGACGAAGAUUGCUCGCGGGUAGCUUGUCUGGCUUGACCAGCGUGGCGUGCACCUAUCCGCUAGAUUUGAUUCGCGUGCGGUUGGCUUUUUCCACAAAGCACAAGCAUGCUGGGGUGGUGCCCCGCGGCCGCUUGCUCAGCACGAUUGCGUCCAUCUAUAACGAAGCACCGCCAGCAAGAGAGACAGAUCCAAACUUUGUGAAGUACGCCAGAAAGAGUCUUCCGUCCUUUGCGGUUCAGGUCUCCAACUUCUACCGUGGCUUUGUGCCCACCAUUAUUGGGAUGAUUCCCUACGCGGGUGUGUCGUUCUAUACCCACGAUCUCAUCCACGACAUUUUCCGCUCGCCGUUGUUAGCCAACGUGACCGUGAGACAGGUUGCUUCCAGGAGCUUUGUGAGCAAGCGGAGCUCGGACGAAGCAGAGUUCAAGUCGUCUCAUGACCAGCGGGCGCCGUUGAAGGCCUGGGCGCAGUUGAUAGCGGGUGGGUUGGCGGGGAUGUGCUCGCAGACCGCCGCCUACCCGUUUGAGGUCAUCAGAAGACGAAUGCAAGUGGGCGGGGUGGUCAACGACGGCCAGUUCUACAACGUGAAGCUGUUGAGCAAGGUGAUCUGGCGUGAGAAGGGCUUCAGGGGGUUCUUUGUGGGGUUGAGUAUUGGCUACAUCAAAGUGGUUCCAAUGGUGGCCUGUUCGUUCUUUGUUUAUGAAAGAAUGAAGACUGGGUUGGGGAUCUAG